ACCAUCUGGCUACACUGCUCCGGCGUCGUCCAAUUUUCCCUGAGUCAGUGGACCUUUUGUGGAUGCGGGUCCGAAGUUUUGGAGUAAUUUAGCUUCGAAGCUUCCUGAAAUGGUGCAGUCAGUCAUGAACAUCACAUCUGCAGCGGGGAUCAUCUCCCUGCUGGAUGAGAACCAGACAGAACUCAAGGUGUUUGCUCUCAAGAAGCUCGACAACAUUGUCAACGAGUUUUGGGCUGAGAUUUCGGAAGCCAUAGAGAAAAUUGAGGUCCUCUAUGAAGACGACGGCUUUCCCCAAAGGCACCUGGCAGCCCUGGUGGCUUCUAAGGUGUACUACCACCUGGGCUCCUUCGAGGACUCGCUCACGUACGCGCUCGGAGCGAGCGAGCUCUUCGACGUCACCGUGCCGUCCGAAUACGUGGAGACCAUCAUUGCCAAGUGCAUCGACCACUACACGAAGCUGCGGCGCCAGGAGGGGGGGGCGGUGGACGCCCGGCUGGAGGCCAUCGUGGACCGCAUGUUCCAGCGCUGCUUCGAGGACGGCCAGUUCCGGCAGGCCGUGGGCAUCGCCCUCGAGACGCGCCGCAUGGACAUGUUCCAGAAGGCCAUCGUGGCUGCGGAGGACGUGGGGGCCAUGCUGGCGUACAGUUCCAAGGUGGCCAUGACCCUGGUGCAGAACAGGGCCUUCCAGGACGAGGUGCUGCGGGCCCUGGUGAAGCUGUACAGGGAGCUGGACACCCCGGACUACGUCAACAUGUGUCAGUGCCUGAUCUUCCUGGACGACGCCCAGUCUGUGGCUGACGUGCUGCUGCGGCUCCUGGAGGGAAGUGGGGAGUCCACGCUGAUGGCGUACCAGAUCGCCUUCGACCUGUACGAGAGCGCCACCCAGCAGUUCCUAGCCAGGGUGCUGCAGGCCCUCAGGGCCCUGGCCCCGUCCACAAACGGGGCUUCUCAGGACGCAGCCAAGACCACGGAAUCUAUUUCGGCGGAACCUCCUCAGGAAGAGACAGGACGGUCCGAGGGGGCGGAAGAGAAGUCGGAAACAUCGUCGUCUGCCGCGCCAGUCAAGAUGGAGACGGCCGACGCAGCCCCCGCAGAAGAGGAGCGGGACGGACGAGCGGCCCAGCUGUCCAAGCUGGCCACCAUCCUGAGUGGGGAGGUGACCAUCGGCCUGCACCUGCAGUUCCUCAUUCGCAGCAACCACACGGACCUGCUGGUGCUCAAGCAGACAAAGGACGCCGUGAGGAACUCUGUGUGCCACACGGCCACGGUGAUUGCCAACUCGCUGAUGCACUGCGGCACCACCAGCGACCAGUUUCUCAGGGACAACCUGGAGUGGCUCGCCCGAGCUACCAACUGGGCCAAGUUCACGGCCACCGCCAGCCUGGGCGUCAUUCACAAGGGCCACGAGACGGAGGCCCUGCACCUGAUGUCAUCGUACCUGCCCAAGGAGUCCGGGCCGGGCAGCGGCUACACGGAGGGCGGGGGCCUGUACGCCCUGGGCCUGAUCCACGCCAACCACGGGGCUGCCAUCACGGACUACCUGCUCGGCCAGCUCAAGGAGGCCACCAACGAGAUUGUGCGUCACGGCGGAUGCUUGGGAGUUGGACUGGCUGCCAUGAGCACACACCGGCAAGACGUGUAUGAGCAGCUCAAGUUCACCCUGUACCAAGACGACGCAGUGGCCGGCGAGGCGGCCGGCAUCGCCAUGGGGCUGGUCAUGCUCGGAUCCAAGUCCUCCACCGCGCUCGAGGACAUGGUUGCUUAUGCCCAGGAGACACAGCACGAGAAGAUCCUGCGGGGCCUGUCGGUGGGCAUCGCGCUGGUCCUGUACGGCCGACUGGAGGAGGCCGACCCCUUGGUGGACACCCUGGCCGGAGACAAGGACCCGCUGCUGCGUCGGUCGGCCAUGCACGCCCUGGCCAUGGCCUACUGCGGGUCGGGCAACAACCGGGCCGUGCGCAGGCUACUCCACGUGGCGGUGAGCGACGUGAACGACGACGUAAGGCGUGCGGCCGUGGAGGCUCUGGGCUUCAUCCUGUUCAGGACGCCCGAGCAGUGCCCCGGGGUGGUGUCCCUGCUCUCGGAGAGCUACAACCCCAACGUCCGCUACGGGUCGGCCAUGGCCCUGGGAAUCUCGUGUGCCGGGACCGGCAACAAGGAGGCCCUGUCGCUGCUAGAGCCAAUGACCAACGACCCAGUGAACUACGUGCGCCAGGGGGCACUGGUGGCCUCGGCCCUGAUCCUGAUCCAGCAGACGGAGGCCACCUGCCCUAAGGUCCGGGACUUCCGACAGCUGUACCACAAGGUGGUAAGCGACAAGCACGACGACGUGAUGGCCAAGCUGGGGGCCAUCCUGGCCCAGGGCAUCCUGGACGCGGGGGGCCGCAACGUCACCGUGGCCCUGCUGUCCCGCACGGGCCACGUCAACAUGGCCGCCGUGGUGGGCAUGCUCGUCUUCACCCAGUUCUGGUACUGGUUCCCCCUGGCCCACUUCCUGUCGCUGGCCCUGAGCCCGAGCUGCCUGGUGUGCCUGACGGGGGAGCUGCGCAUGCCCCGCCUCUGGGUGCGCUCGGGGGCCAAGCCUUCGACCUUUGCUUACCCCGCUCCACUGGAGGAGAAGAAGGAGAAGGAGCGGGAGAAGGUCACCACUGCCGUCCUCUCCAUCACGGCCAAGGCCCGCCGCAAGGAGGGCCGGGACCUGUCUUCCCCUGAGGGCAUGGACCUGGAUGAAGAGGCCAAGAAAGGUGAGGCAAGCCCUCCUCCUGAGGAGGCCAAGAAAGAGGGGGAACCCAUGGCCACCGACGCCAAGCCGGAGCCUAAGCUGGACUCCAAGUUGGACUCCAAGCCAGACUCCAAGCCAGAGUCCAAAUCGGAGGUCAAGUCAGAGGUCAAACCGGACUCCAAGCUGGACCCAAAGCUAGAUACCAAGGCAGAGUCCAAGCCGGAAUCCAAGCCAGAGGCCAAGCCCCGUCCCGAGCCCAACUUCGAGCUGCUUUCCAACCCGGCCCGGGUGGUGAAACCUCAGCUGAAGCUGCUCCAAAUGCCCGAGGGGUCACGUUACCGCCCCAUCAAGGAUAUCACCAUUGGCGGGAUCAUCAUGCUGGCCGACACGAAGGCGGAGGAGGCCGAGGAGCUGGUGGAGCCCGUAUCCGCCGGCGGGCCCACCUCCGAGAACGACGAGGGCGACGAGCCGGAACCACCGGAGCCUUUCGAGUACCAGGACGAGUGAAGCACCUCCGCUACGUUACACAUCGUUUUUUUUUUUCUUGUGAAUACAGGCAGUUUGAACGAGCCAAAA